AUGAGACCGGGAUUUUUCUUUUCACUAGGAGAAAUUUCAGGGAUCUUUCAUUCAAUAAACUAUCUGGCAGCUUGCCUCAGAGUUCUGAAUCUCUUUCAAGCCUUUCUACGCUGUUGGAGUACGAAAGGCUACAAAGCUUGUCCUUCUUGCACUCAUUCUGCUCAUUCAGAUAGAUUUGGUGGCAAAGUUAUCUACACUGGGUAUCGAAAAUGGUUGCCUAUUGAUCACCCAUAUUGUUCACAAGCUAAUUUGUUUGAUGGGAAAGAAGAAUAUGGUAUUGCUUCGAUUCGUACCAGCGGGACCGAAGUUUUGAAGCAACAAGAAGGGGUAAAGUAUGUAUAUAGGAAGACAAAAAAAGUUCUUAAAAAAAGAGGGAAAAAAGCUACCAAUGAACUUGAUGAUGAUUGCGAUCCCAAUGGUGAUCUUAUUCUUUGGAAAAAGAAAAGUACAUUUUUUGAAUUAGAGUAUUGGGAGCAUAAUCCUCUUAGACAUAAUUUAGUUGUUAUGCACAUUGAAAAAAAUGUGUCUGAUAUUUUAUUAGGAACUCUUUUAGAUAUGGAUAAUAGUAGGGAUGAUGAGAGUAGCAGAGAAGCCCUAAAGAAUUUGAAUAUAAAACCUCAUCUAUGUCAAGGUUACAUCCCGCCGGCUGCAUACACCAUGUCUAACGAGGAGAAAGAACGAUUUUUGAAAGUCUUGAAAAAGAUGAAAGUUCCUGAUGGAUAUGGAUCUAAUUUACAAAGAUGUGUGAAUCUAAAGCAACGGAAACUUAUUAAUAUGAAAAGUCACGACCAUCAUAUUCUCAUGCAAGAUAUCCUCCCGGUUGCUUUAAGGGCGUCGAAUGCCACAAGAGUUAUUGACUUGCUUGAGGAGUUGUCUGACUUUUUUAAAAAGAUAUGUUCAACUGCUAUAGAUACAAGAGAAUUAGAUACCAUUCAAUCAAAGCUCGUGUUGACUCUUUGCAAGUUUGUAAAAAGAAUUUUUACCAACAUUUUUUACAAUCAUGGUUCAUCUACUAAUUCAUUUAGUAGAAUAGGUCAGACUAGGCGGACCGGUUCAUUAUAGAUGGAUGUAUCCUAUUGAA